CAGUGUCAGCCGAGCCGAGCAGUGGCCGUGCCCGGGUGCAGGUGUGCGUGCGUGCGCGUGUCAGUGCCAGUUGAGGAUUAGGAGUUGAUUAGCCUAGUAUGGUGUCAGCUGUGAAGGGAUGCGGCUAGCGACACGUCUCUCCCCGAUCGCCUCGAACAACUGGGCAGCGGCAGCAUGGCCUCCACUGCCAGGCCACAGCACCGUCCACCCUCCACCCAGCAGCGGCGCGUCUCACUCUCCGCCUCCGGGGAGACGGGUGGCGGAGGUGGCGGUGGCGGCGGCGGUGGCGAAGGUGGGGGUGGUGGGGGUGGUCUGGGGGUCGGGGGCGGAGGUGGUGGCGGGGGGAGCCGGCGCGCGCCGAGCCUCAAGCUGGCCUGCAACGGUCGACUGUCGGCAUCGGCUCAGUCGGUCGAGGAGAUCCGCUCACCGCGGCUCAACAACAACAGCAGCAUCCACAGCAACAACGAUGACUCCAUCAAGAUCAGCAUCGAGAACACCAACACGUGCACCGACUCGCUGGUGACAGCCUUGGACGACGAGACCCUGCUGCUGCCAAACGACAUGUUCACGCCGAUCGGCGGGGGCGGGGGUGGCGGGCCCACCGGGGGCGGUAAAGUGCACUUUGGCGGCGACGACCUCAGCCUCUACGGCACCCCCAAGGAGGAGCCGGGGCCCGCUCCCAUGCACGGGCCACACUCGGGCGGAGGCGGCUCCGCCCCCGACUCCGGCAAGCAGAGCUUCCUCAAGAACCAGCUGCAGGCCCUUUUCCAGCCCACCGACAACAAACUCGCCAUGAAGCUGUUCGGCAGUAAAAAGGCCCUCAUGAAGGAGCGCAUCCGACAAAAGGCCGCCGGACACUGGGUCAUUCACCCCUGCUCAAGUUUUAGGUUCUAUUGGGACCUUUGCAUGCUACUAUUAUUAGUGGCCAACCUGAUCAUUCUUCCCGUCGCCAUUUCCUUCUUCAACGACGAUCUUAGUACUAGGUGGAUAGCCUUCAACUGUUUAUCCGACACUAUUUUUCUCAUCGACAUCGUAGUUAAUUUCAGAACAGGCAUUAUGCAACAGGAUAACGCGGAACAAGUUAUACUAGACCCAAAACUUAUAGCAAAGAACUACUUAAAAACGUGGUUCUUCUUAGAUCUAAUCAGCUCGAUACCUUUGGAUUACAUCUUCCUUAUAUUUAACCAGUUUGUGCGGCAGGACUUCAGCGAGAGUUUCCAGAUCCUGCACGCAGGCCGCGCGCUCAGGAUCCUGCGAUUGGCCAAACUGCUCAGCCUGGUGCGACUACUGCGGCUCUCCCGGCUCGUCCGCUACGUCAGCCAAUGGGAGGAAGUCUACUUCCUGAAUAUGGCUAGCGUGUUUAUGAGGAUAUUCAACCUAAUUUGUAUGAUGCUGCUCAUAGGACAUUGGUCUGGCUGCCUUCAGUUCCUCGUUCCCAUGCUACAAGGCUUCCCGUCCAAUUCGUGGGUUGCAAUUAAUGAAUUGCAGGAAGCGUUUUGGCUGGAGCAGUACUCGUGGGCGCUGUUCAAGGCGAUGUCGCACAUGCUGUGCAUAGGCUACGGCCGCUUCCCGCCGCAGUCGCUCACCGACAUGUGGCUGACUAUGCUCUCCAUGAUCAGUGGCGCCACCUGCUAUGCACUCUUCCUCGGCCACGCCACCAACCUCAUUCAGAGCUUGGACUCGUCCAGGCGCCAAUAUCGAGAAAGGGUGAAGCAGGUGGAAGAGUACAUGGCUUACCGCAAGUUGCCUAGAGAGAUGCGUCAAAGAAUUACGGAAUACUUUGAGCAUCGUUACCAAGGAAAGUUUUUCGACGAGGAAGCCAUUUUGGGCGAACUCUCGGAAAAACUUCGUGAGGAUGUUAUUAAUUAUAACUGUCGUUCAUUGGUUGCCUCAGUACCAUUUUUUGCAAAUGCUGAUGGCAACUUUGUUUCUGAUGUUGUGACAAAGCUUCGGUAUGAAGUCUUCCAGCCAGGUGAUAUAAUAAUCAAGGAGGGUACGAUCGGCACGAAGAUGUACUUCAUCCAGGAGGGCAUCGUGGACAUAGUGAUGGCCAACGGCGAGGUGGCCACCAGCCUGAGUGACGGCUCCUACUUCGGCGAGAUCUGCCUGCUGACGAACGCCAGGCGGGUGGCCAGUGUGCGGGCGGAGACCUACUGCAACCUGUUCUCGCUGUCGGUCGAGCACUUCAACGCUGUGUUGGACCAGUACCCGCUCAUGCGACGCACCAUGGAGAGUGUCGCUGCUGAAAGGUCAAUAAUUGAGAGUAAAGAUGGAGCAUCCACAUCGAAAGUUUAUCAGAGCUUCCUCGCAAUCUGAUGAUGAAUUGCCAAGAGAUCAGAUCUCUGUAAUUAUGGAUGUGCUGUGGUUAAUUGUGGUACCUAAUAGACAGUGCAUGUGAUAGCAACUGUUGUUAUCCAAUAACUGCUGUGAUUCCUUUUUUGUGAUUUAAUAGUAUAUAAUUAUUAUUGGUGAACUAAAAAAUGUUGAAGUUAACGAAUUUACUAUUGUUGUUGAUUUGAAGUGUUGGUUAUUUAAUAUCUAUAAGACUUGAUAUAAUAUCACAGUGUAUUGUUUUCACUAUCUUCACAUUUUGUACAUUAUGUUAAUAUUCAUGAUGGUCUUGUGACUGUAUUAAUUCUCUUCUUGUUUACAAGAUGUUGUAUAAAAUAUGAGGCACAUUCUUCAUUUCAAGUGCCAUAAAUUAGAUUAACCUGGUGGACCAUGCUGCAUUAUUUGAUGUACAUUUUGUUUAUUAACAUGAGUUGUAUAUAAAAUAAGAGUGUUUCACACCGGUCUCAUUGUAUCACCAUGUACAAAGCAAUUUAUUUGAUUACGUAUUGUUAAAUAAAACAUAUUCAUGUGAUAACAACUGGAAAAGUGGUUUGCAGGUUUUUUCUUUUGUUAGAAUCGCCCUGAUGAGACUGAUGGUAUCCUCACUCAAUCAUGUGAAAUUUUUCCAUUACAGUUAUAUUUUUAUUCUGGGAUAUGAUUCUAUUCCCCAUUUAUAUAAAAUAUAUAUUUCCCUUAUUAAGUUAUGUUUAAGCCAACUGAAUGAAUC